UUCUCAAGCAGCUUCAAGGAUGUUUCUUCACACCGAGGGUGGAAGAUUCGGGGUGCCCAGAGGGUGUUCGCAGCUCUGCUCCCCCAGCAGCCCUGUACAGAGCUGGCGGGGCACGGAGUGGGUCUGGGGGGGCCUGAGGUGAAGCUGGGCGCUGCCUGCAGGUGGAGCUCCGUGCCCCAGGCCGGGCCUCGGGGGGAGGUUUGGAAGUGAGAUGGUCAACCCCAGAGUGGCUGCUCCUUGAAGACCAGGAGCAGCCCCCAGACAAAUGAUGGUGCAUAGUCUCUGCCUGUUGGGAAGGGGAUAAUGGCAAUUAACUCCUCGUUAAGCUGAUUGCCCACAUGUAUUCAGCUUCGAAGCAGGGAGGAAACCCCAUCCAAAGCCAGGUGUUAAAUAAGGGAAGGACUGCAGGGAAAGCUGAGCUGUGCUGAUGGGGUAAGUGGAAUAGAGAUGAAGAAUUUUGUCCCUCGGCAUAGCAAUUGCUGCAGUUUUUGCUACAAACACUGCUCGGGCUGUGAAAGCCCCGUUUGGCUGAAGAAGGCUCUGCCCUGUGUGCUCGAGGGACCCUGUGCUGGUGAUGUGCUGUCUGAGGUCAGUGGCAGCUGGCAGCUCGUUGCUUCACAGCCGGGGAUUACGCUGAUCUCUGCUGUCCUGCUGUGUGCUGGAGGAUUUGUGACUCUUUGCUGUGUUGUUUUAUGGUCUGUUUGUUUUAUUUUUUUCCUGCAAAAUUGGAGGUGUUUGUUUCUGUAGUGGGAAUGGAGGCAUGUUAUCUUUUGCUUUCAUCCCUAAAAUCUUGCUGGGGUCAGUGAGGCUGUGUGGCUUGGAUGUACGUAGUGAAAGCAAGAUGUAAACCAGGGUUCAGAAGUUCAUUUUGAACAUUUAAUGUUCAUUUUGAACAUAAAUCUUUACAGGGCAGUGAGGAAGCAGAUACAGGCCUGCAAACUCCAAGUCCUAAACUGGAAAUCCCCCUUUGUUGAGGUCAGACGCUGUCUUGGCUCCUGGGAAGGGGGGGAGGGAGAGCAGCAGAAGGAGCUGUGCCAUUCAGGUGAGCUGCUCAUCUCCCUCCUGAGCUGGGGAGCCCCAUGCAUACCUGGGGUCAUUCAUUAACUUGUUGGUGCCAAUCAGUGCUGGUGCCCAGCAAAUCCUUGCCGCAAAUAGUCCGACCUCACCUGCCGCCUCUCACUGCUCCUGGACCUGAUGGUGAUCCCCACCUCCAACAUUGCCACAGGAUCCGUGCUGCCCCAUCCUGCAGCUGUGCGAUGGUUCGCUGUGCCGCAGCUCACCUCUCGCCCUCUGGCAUUGAGAGCAGCUUCUCACUGUGCUGCCACCGUCCUCUGGCGGUGACACCACGAGUGGGAUGAACUCCUGCUCUGUUCCUCCGGUGAUGAAGGCGUUGCUCAGUUGCCCACGGAGGCUUGCUGGGGCUCCGGAUGCUGAGUUUCAUUUAGUGACUCUGGAAACUCCUUCACAAAGUGAGCAGAGAGCACAGUGCAGAGCUGCUAGAUCUUCUCUCUCAGAUUUUCCCUUUUGCAGCGUGUGAUUCUAUUUUAUUUAUUUUUAAUUAUUCCAGGUGUGACACGAAUCCCCUGGGGCACAGAAUGUGGUGCAGUGCUGGGUGAGGCUCACCUCCCUGUGGGUCACUGCAGGGGUCGGCUGAGCCCAGAGCCCAUCCCAGUUUGGGGCCGUGGCAGCACAGCGUUGGGUGCAGCAAAGCAGGUGUUGGUGCUGUGGGGUCUGGGGGGAACAAAGCCUUCUUGUUGAGACGGUGCAGCUUUUGGUGAGGAGAAAUAAAGAAUAAAUUCCAGUGCCCCGAAGACGAAGUGAUGGCUGAUAGCCCUUCUCCAUAGGGCUCAGGGGUCUGUGCACGUGUCCCAGAAGCUUUCAGUCCCUGUGAUUUCCGGGAGACAGUGAUGGAAGGGAGGAAGUUCUUACAAAACCCGUGGAAACAGCACGGAAAGGAGGAGGCUCCCGUGGGUGUCGGUGCCGCAGUAGGGGCACAGCCGUGCUGUUCGUUUCUUCCUCCGCAGCUCGCUGUUCCCCGGUUUUCUCCCAUCUCCCCGCGAUGGGCUCCGGAGGAAAGGAAGCCCUAUUCCCUGUCCCAGAUGCUCUGCCUGGGUUUUCUGGUGCUGUUGCUGGCUUUCGGCUCCUUUCUCUUCAGCAUCCCCUCGCGCCUCUCCGUCACUUUCCCACCUUUAUCCCGGCCCUCCCCGAAAUGGGCAGCGCGGAUUCCUGCGGUUGCUCAUCUGCAUUCAGCCUCCUCCCUGGCCGGCCCCGCUCCUCCCUCCCGCACCUCCGCGGCGUCGGGAAGAGCUGCGUGCGGGGCCGGCGCUGCGCCUCCGCGCCCUCCUCGGCUUCGGGGUUACGCGAUCGUUAUCGCUAUUUUUUCCUUCCUCGCCCUUCCCCCUGUCCUUCAGCCGCGCGGCGGAGCCUUGCGGCAGCGCUGGGGACUGAGGGACGCGGGAGGGACGAGGCCACCGUCGGGGCAGCGGGGCUCUGCGCUGAGCGUCGCUGUUGUGCGCCGGCCGCGCUCGGCGGGGAGAUGCCUCUGGAGGACGGCGGUGCGGCCAGGCGGAGCGGGCGGCAUCCCUGCGGCGUCACCGGCUGCGAGGGGAUGCGGGACGCCCCGCACCGGGCCGAGCCGGCUCCCCGUGUCAGCGGGACGGAGGAGAUGGUGGAGGAUGAGGAGCUGUGGCCGGAGAAGGAUGAUGGAGAUGUGACCUCUGGACGGGGAGAAGAGGUGUGCGGGGCCCUGCAGCGGGCGGGGAGUGGGGAAGCGCUGAUGGCCGAGCUCUCAGAGAGAGUGCAGGAGGUGGUGCGGAGCAGCGGCUGGUGGGAGAGGCACGGCGUGGACAUCUGCAUCCUCAGCUGCAGUCUCCUAGCGCUGCCAGCAGGCAUCCUCACCCUCGGCGUGGGAUAUCACACCCUGGCUGUGAAGGGCAGCCACCUGGCCAGCCACAACGCCCUGACCAAGUCCAGGUCCUGGGGCAAAGUGUGGGCUGUCUUCUUCAUUGAGUUCUGCUCAGCAUUCACUGCCGAGCAGGCCAGCUACAACCACGUGAAGCUCCACCAUGGCUACACCAAUGUCAUUGGCCUGGGGGACUCCAGCACCUGGAAGCUGCCUUUCCUGAACCGCUACGUCUAUUUGUUCAUCGCGCCGCUCGCCGUGCCCAUCAUAACCCCCCUGGUUGCACUAGACUUGCUGAGGAACGUGGAGAUGAGGGCUGCUCUCCGCACUGUCUGCCUCAUGUCGCUGGGGCUGUGCUGCCAUUACUGCCUGCUGCGCCACGUCUCGGGCUUCCAGUCGCCGUGGUCUGCCCUGCUCUGCAUGCUGCUCACCCGCUCUCUCCUGGCCCACCCCUACAUCCACGUCAACAUAUUCCAGCACAUCGGCCUCCCCAUGUUUGCAGCCGAUCGGAAGCCCAAGCGCAUUCAGCAGAUGAGUCUGGGUGUGCUCAACCUGCCCCGCAAUGCACUGCUCGACUGGUGCUUCGGCCACUCGCUCAUCAGCUGCCAUGUGGAGCACCACCUCUUCCCCAGCCUGUCUGACAACAUGUGUCUCAAGAUCAAACCUGUGGUGUCGCAGUACCUGAAGGAGAAGCGUCUGCCCUACAAUGAGGACACCUAUGGCUCCAGGCUCCAGCUCUUCCUGCAGAAGUAUGAGGAGCUGAUGGUCCACGCACCGCCCAUCACAGAGCUGGUGGGCAUCCAGUGAGCUGGGGCCGACUGGCUGCAGGAAACAUUCCUCCCGGUGCCCUGGUGCUGAGCAGGGGGUCGUGCCCCCCUGGAGCUGCUUAUGGACAGAGUUCGGUUCUACCCGCACUGCUUUCAUGCUUGGGAGGGUGAAGCAAAGCCCCAUCGGCUGUGUCCUCGUUGGCAGCAGCAGGUGGCAGGGCUGUGUCACCGUGUGCUGCCAGGAGUUGUGGAAAGAUAUGGGGGGGGCAGGGGUUGUUACUGCCACUGUGCUUUACCUGGCUAGGAUGGGGGAAUCUGUCUCUUCUGGGAACAUGGAAUUGGCAAAUUCAGCCCAAGGUGUUGAAGUUGAUUUUUAUUUCUGCUUUUUGUCAUUGGAACAAUUAAUGUGGGGAUCCCACGAGGAGGGCUGCAGGGCAGCUGUCCAGCCUGGUGGACAGUGCUGGGGAUGCUCAGCUUCUGCUUACAAGGGAGAUUCCUGGCCCUGUGCUCAGCACCCCUGCUUUCUGUCCCUUUUUGUGGGUGCUGUUACUAUAGGGAUUGGGACAAUGAUGCUGAAGGUACAAAUGUCCUCUGAAGCUAUGAGAAGCUGCUCUUCUCCAUGCAACUGUGCAAAAGGAUCAUGCAAUGAAGCACAGGGCCAGCUGCCUGCCACAGCAGGAACCAAUUUCCAAGAUGAGAAAGCAUGUGGCUUUUACAACCCUUAUUAAAACUAGCUUCUAGCGGUGAAAUCGGCCUUAAUUGCUUUUAAAAAGCCCUUUUAGUGCUUGCCUGUGUGCCUUGGCAGCUGUACAACCCAUAAGUAUCUUCUGCGCCCGGUGGUGGGCCGGGCAGUGGGGCUCCUGCUGCCCUGUGCGGGGGAAUGAGGAGAUGAAAUGGUGGCUCUCCUGCGGCUGGAGCCUCUCUGUGCUGCCGCAUCCUUUGCAGGGAUGUUGUGUGUGCUCUGGGUUUGGUAGCACGGUCUCUAUUGCACAAGAGGAUGGUUUAAUAACCCGU